CAUGGACCACAAAUAGAUGAUAUAUCUGAUCAUCAAAAUUAAAAAUCAUUUGCAAAGAAAAGGAGAAAUAUCGCUGAAUCAUCAUGGCUGCUAGGAUUAGCAUUCUCCUAAUCGACUCCUUCCUAUUGUUUGCCGUGAUUUUCAUCAUGUCAUCUUCUGUUGAGAUGGUAUCUGCGCAAGUAGAGGAAUGCGAGUCUGGUGUGAGUAAAUAUCGCCACUUUGCUGAUAGUAAAUCAUGCGCCCAGGAUUGUCCCUCAUAUUGUAAUCCAGAUUCUGAUAAGAAACUCGAUGGGAACUACGUUUGCGAAAAUGACGGCAUAGAUGGACACACCUGCCUGUGUUGCGAGUUACCAGUGGUGGUAUCUAAGAGCUGCAAAGAAGUUCGUGACUUCCAAAUUUCUGAUAAUUGCUUCGUCGACUGUCCCCCGUUUUGUGAAGUAGAGCGUGAAGACACCACGAGAUACGCUUGCAUUACUAAAGAAAUUUGCAACUGUUGUGGUGUUACAAAUUUAAAAGCGACCCAAUAAAAUUUGAAUAGCUGCGAUAUUAAAACCUACAAAGCAAGCCCUCUCUCAGGGGACCUGCAUGGAGCUCGAUUAAUCCACCUACCUUCGUAGUUACUGCAUUCUUUUUUUCCCCUCCAUUUUAGUGUUCAGAAUCGUAGUUACUGCUAUAUGUAUACGUUUCUUACUUAUGUAUUCUUCCUACACUAGGAAACGUGCCAGUUGCAU